AUGACACAAAGUCAGAGCAAGACCAAAAAAUCUGUCGUAGACCGACCAGGACCGUCUUCCCAUCACCAAGAGGAAGAUUUGAUAGGGUUUGGACUAAAUCAUCUUCAACACGCUAAUGGUACAGCUUCUCUGGGUCAUUCUGCUGGAGUUGUAAGCAAUCUAAAAAACAAAGGCAAAAAAUUUAUCGACGGCAUUUUCAAUAAUUCCAGGUCGAAGCAUCUCGAGACAUUCCCUGAUUAUAAUCCCGACAGACCCGAUGCAGUCAGUAGGAAACCUACAGGGUCGAUGCAACGUAAACAAAUGAGCGGAGUUUUACAUUUAUCUGAAGGAAAGCACAGAACGAAUGGAAACGGAUUGAGACCGGCCAGUUCAAACUCUUCAAUUGACUCGAGACCUCCAUGGAAAUAA